GGACUGAGAGAGUAUCAGGUUCUGAGGUUGGACAGCUCCAGCUCCAGGCAUCAGUUUUCAAUUACACUGUGUUUUUCCCUUUUGUGGAGGAGAGAGGACAUAAAUUGCCAGGCUCCACAUUGAAGCAGUCAUUCAACAACAGAUCUAACCAUGGAGUUCAGAAGAACCUGUUUGGUUUUUGGAAUACUCCUCUUGGUGAACUGCUCAUUCCAGCAGGCUUUCCCUACGAAGAAAACGGUUAAAAAGGAUGAAGGCAAAGAUGCAGCCAUAGAGGAGCUGCAGAAGCAGAUCGACGACAUUGUUCAGGAUCUAAAUAUUAUGAAGGAGCAACAGGCUUUGCAGUCAGUUUGUUUGAAAGGGGUCAAGGUUCAUGGCAAGUGUUUCCUGGCUGAGCCGCGGAAGAAAAGCUACCACACAGCCUUUGACGACUGCAUUGCYCUGGGGGGUGUACUCGGUACUCCCUUGUCCAAGGACCAGAAUGACCAGCUCAGCGACUACGUCUACCAGAGCAUCGGCCCAGGCGAGCAGAUCUGGCUGGGCAUCAGCGACAUGGUGACUGAGGGCAACUGGAUGGAUCAGGUUGGCAACAGCAUCCUCUACAAGAACUGGGACUCUGGUUCCAGAUCCCCAAAGACAGAUCGUUCCCAGAACUGUGUCAUCCUCUCAGAGGCCACUGGUGGGAAAUGGUUAGACAAGAACUGUCGUGAGGAGAAGGCCUCUGUCUGCGAGUUCAACAUAGUCUGAGGCACACCAUUUGUUAGCUGCAUUUCCCAUGCUUGAAUUAUAUUUCUUGUUCGCUACCUUGAAUUCUUUUCUACAAUGUACGCUUUGGUUUUAWAUUCAACCCCUGAAAAUGUAUAUUUUAAGUUACUGACACUUUUCUAGAGCUGAUACCCAGACAAAAAUGUUGGAGAAUUCUUUGUAAAACAGUGAGGUGGUUAAUCUGUUGCUUUCCUUUCUAAUUUACAACAAUUAUUUCAGAGAGCUAGCCUUUGAAUACUUGUUUUUAAUCACAAGAUGUCUAGCCUGAACACAUAUACAUCUCAAUAAAAGUUAUGAAAUUAUAAUAGGGGUUUGUCUAAGAAAAUGUAAAGACAAUGAAAAUCCAACUAUUACACAU